CAUUUCCUCCCUGUCAAUCUCUCCGUCAGUCCGUCUCAAUUCUAUACAAUUCUCAAGCAGAGAAGGAAACAAAAGAUCGUGGUAUAUUCCAGCAGCAGUCGUCGGGCGGCGUAACGUAAACGGAGUCAGCUGCCCAAUUCCGCUCCUCCGAAUGCCGAGGCCGUAGCUUUGCCAACUCUGGAAUUAUCGUCAGAGGGCCUCCACACAUUUGUCUCCUCCUUCCCUCUCCCUCUCUUUUUGUGGGGUUCUUGGAUUCUAUUGGGGACGUGAUCAAGGUUCUGGCAUGGAUCGGAUCCAAGGUCAUGAUAUUUCGGUUUGACGAUUUGAUUUCGCUUUAUUCGAAUGGAGGAAGAUAGGUUUUGUCAAGUCAUGGAGGUGUGUCUCGUGAUGAUUACAAUGAGGGAUGGAGAUUCCGGUAAUGGAAUCUCCGAAAGUAAUCUGAAUCGUUGGUAAAAAAGCUUUCUUUUUGUUAAAAAAAAUUGGGAGGCUGAGACGGUUGUUAUGGAUACAAAGAGUUCAAUGGAAGGAGGUGUUCUGAUCGACCUGGAAAGCGGCACAAGAUCUGUAAUAAAUGGACAGGAAGCAUCUCUGGGCUCGAGCGUCGGACAGGCUAAAAAGGUGCUGAAUAGAGUAUGGAGUGGUUUUGUUAGCAUUGAUGGAUCUAUUAAGGGCGAGGAAUCUGUGCACUCGGGUAAUAGUAAUGUUGAAGGUCCUCAGGCUAAUGGAGGAACUUUGGUGGACAAGAGGUUUGGAGCUGAGAGAAAGGUGGGUUCUUUGGAGAAUAAGACAGGAGCAGAGAAGCCUAAGAAGAAGAACUGUAAAAAGCCUCCCAAACCACCCCGGCCUCCCAACUCGCCAACAUUAGAUGCUUCUGACAGGAAGCUGAUCAGGGAGAUAUCUGAGCUUGCUAUGUUGAAAAGGGCAAGGAUUGAACGGAUGAAAGCAUUAAAGAAGAUGAAAAAUGGCAAAUCGUUUUCCAGCAGCAACUUGGGUGCCUUGAUUAUUACUACUCUCUUCUGCCUUGUGAUAAUUUGGCAAGGACUUCUUUCAAGAGGUAGAUCUACUUUGAGCUUUCAUGGUUCACCUGAAUCUUCAGUAGGAACAAGGACUGCAUUGAUCUCAGUUCAGUUUUACCAUAAUUGCUCAGCAAUUGGCUCGCAUGAUUCCAGUUCAGCAUCCCCCAACAGUGUAGAACCAGUUUCUGGGGUGGACGACCAUGGGAAAACAAGCAGAGGUGCAGGUUGAACUGCACCUUCAAUCUUCUAGAAGCCAUCUCAAAGCAAAGCAGUGGUUAAAUGCAGGUUUCCAACAUUAUCACCCCAUUAUAGUGAUCAGCAAUCGUAAUGUAUUUCCACGUAAUCCUAUGUACAUAUGAAGACUGUGCCUUUGAAACAUUGCAUGCACAUGACAAUAAGCUUGUUGCUUAGAAUUUGCUGAUCCUUGUUGGCCAUCCAUCCUCCUUGGCACAGAUUUGCGUCUUUUCCUUCUGACCUCGUACUUUGGCAUUCAUAUACUUUCUUUUGGUUGACAGACGUUUCGGGCAGGGCCAAGAAGAGUGAAAUAUGAUGCUGCUAAAAUGCUUACCACGCCACUAGCGGAUAAAAUGUGGCUCGGUUACUGGUGCAAUCGCGAUUCAAGAUUUUUAAUUUUAUUUUUAUCUUUAUA